AAGGUUUUGGUGAUUGCAUUUCUGUUCUUGAGUCUCUUUGGACUGAACACCAGCCUCAACUACUCAAUUAACUAUUAUGUGAGUAAUGAAAUGAGUUGGAGUUAUGCACAAUUUUUCUGCAGAACAUACUACAGUGACCUGUCCACGGUGAGCCAUGAAGACCUGAAACCACUGUCUGACAAAGUCUCUUAUACGUAUUACUGGACUGGACUUUUCAGAGAUUCUCAAAGCCCAUCAGUGUGGAAAUGGAGCGGAGGUGAGCAGGCAACUGAUAUCAAAUGGGAGGGUGGAGAACCAAAUAAUAAUAAUCAUUAUUGUGCUAUGGUCAAAACAUCCUCUGCUGAAAUGGAAGAUGCUGAUUGCUCUUGGAAUCUACCUUUUUAUUGCAUGAUGGUCUUCGAGCUGAUCCUGGUCCAGCAGGAAAGCACGUGGGAGGAGGCAUUGGGAGACUGUAGAAAAAAACACUAUGAACUUGCUUCUCUGAGCUCAGAUUCAAUGAUGGAUCGGGCGAAGCAAGAGAGUGAAUCAGCCUUGACAGAUGACGUAUGGAUCGGCCUGCGCUUUCUAGCUGGGAGCUGGUUUUGGGUGAAUGGAGAGGCUUUUGGAUAUAAGGCCUGGUCUCCAGGAGGAGAUCUUCAGUGUCCUGCUAUGAAUCAGAGAUGUGGAGUUUAUAACCUAAUGAAAAAGAAAUGGAAACCUGCAGACUGUGAGCAGAGACUCAACUUUCUGUGUCUUGGGAGAGUAAAGAAGUAAACAA